UCCUAAGAACGUAUUAUGACGUAUUGACGUUUAUCCACACGGGUCAGCUGACUUGUCCCGUGAAAAUUUAUUUGAGAAUAUUUUUCCCUAAUUUUUACAAGUGCGAAAAAUGUCUUCAAAAGAUAGGCUUCCAAUUUUCCCUUCCAGAGGGGCUCAAAUGUUAAUGAAGGCUCGUCUAAAGGGUGCUCAGAAGGGACACAGUUUAUUGAAAAAGAAGGCAGAUGCUUUACAAAUGCGAUUCCGUAUGAUUUUGAGCAAAAUUAUUGAGACCAAAACUUUAAUGGGGGAUGUAAUGAAGGAAGCAGCUUUUUCGUUGGCCGAAGCUAAGUUUACUACUGGAGAUUUCAACCAGGUCGUUUUACAAAAUGUUACUAAGGCUCAGUUGAAAAUACGAACCAAGAAAGAUAAUGUAGCAGGUGUUACAUUGCCAGUGUUUGAAUGGUAUCAAGAUGGGACAGACAAUUAUGAAUUAGCCGGUUUAGCUCGAGGUGGUCAACAAUUGGCCAAGUUGAAGAAAAAUUAUCAGAGUGCUAUAAAACUAUUGGUAGAGUUGGCCUCACUACAGACAUCUUUUGUAACUCUCGAUGAAGUAAUCAAAAUUACAAACAGGAGAGUAAAUGCUAUUGAGCACGUCAUUAUUCCAAAAAUUGAGAAUACUUUGGCCUAUAUUAUUUCUGAACUGGAUGAAAUAGAAAGAGAAGAAUUUUACCGCUUAAAGAAAAUUCAAGAUAAAAAGAAGAUUAACAAGGCUAAGGUGGAAAAGGCCAAAGCUGAACUUAAAGCUGCUGGUUUAUUGAAGGAAUCAAAUCAGCCGGCAAACAUUCUAGAUGAGGGAGAUGAAGAUAUUCUGUUUUAGUUUCUCCUGUUCUAAAAAAAAUGUAUUUAAAUCUGCUCUUUUUGCAGCCUAUAUGUAAAUUAACUAAAACGUUUUUUUUCAAUAAAAAUACAGUAUUUUAUGGAAAUAUUUAAUUUUAAAUUCAAUUGAGUAUUUUAUUUUUCUCAAAAACACUUGUUUUUAAUAUUGUAAUUUUAAGAUGUAACUUUAGAACAUUUUAGAAAACCUGUGGCAGUGUAAAUACUAUUAUUAUUAUAUUAAAAAUAUAUGUAUACAUUCCAUUUAAGGAAUAUUUUUUUUUGUUUUGGCUUAUUGUAAUUGUUUAUAUAAAUUGCUGUAAAUUUUAAAAGGCGUAAUAAAAAACUAAUGUGUUUGUU